GUAAUUGAAACCAACCUUAAGCUUUUCUUAUCUCCGCCCUAAAGGUAGCCCCGAUUAUUGCUGACUUAAGCAUCGGAGUGUCUACCCCGAGUUCCACCUCGGGGCUUUGCAGCUUCCGCUUGCCUUGUCUAUGAUAUCCAGAACAGUUACGGAGAAUCAAGGCUAACAUGGAAAUAGCUACUCUGCCUCCGAACACGAUUGUACCAGAAGUUCUUGAAGAAUAUAAUUAUGAAAGGUGGAGCAUUUUAAUAAAACACUACUUAGUGGCUCAAGAUGUUUGGGAUGUUGUUGAUCCAAGCCCGACGAAUGAAGAAAUAAAUGAGAGGGUGUGGAAUAAAAAGAAUGCUUUAUCUCUACAUGCCAUUAAGAUUUCAUGUGGAGCAAAGGCGUUUAAUCUAAUAAAGAACAUAGAGUCAGCCAGAGACGCUUGGCAGGAAUUACAAAAAAGGCAGAAUGUCCCAGGCGGUCAUUACUUCCCCAGGCGACACGAAUUUGUCCCUCGGGAGAUGGCCACGCCCAGCGAAAGAGGUUUUAUUCCAUCUCUCUCUGUUUUUUUUUUGGCCAAAAUUCAUCUCUGUGUUCGAGUUCGCUAUUAUUUCAGCAUUUGUUAUUAUAGAGAGACUGCUGAACAGUUCACUUUUUUGAGGUCCUGGCUUAGAUCUAGCUAAUGUUUUGUGUUUAUUAAUUUUCGGAGCUUAGAUUGUUUUUUCUGAUUUUAAAUCUUGCAGCAGUCUUGAGCUUAAUUAGUUACGAUAUUCAUUCAUGUGUGCCAGUGUGUGGUGUUGAGAUCGAUCUUUUGUUUGUAGCCUGCCGGAUUUUAUAGGGAGAGGCCAAAUGAAAAAGCGUAAUGUUUACAUUUCCAAAAUCGUGCUUUGCCCAACUGUGGAGGCUAAGAAUACCAACGCCAUUGCUUUACAUUCAUUAUUGACAGAGCAGCUAAGUAUUUUGCAUGAGUCCAUUUGUAAAGGGAGUAAAAGGAGAGUAAAGCGAGCCGUCUGCUUGCUGAAUAUAACAGAUGAUAUGCUGAAUAUAACAGAUGAUAUGCUGAAAAUAAGAGAUGAUAGGAAUAGGAUUAUAUUAAAGCCUGCCCUUCAUG